CCCGCCCCUCCCGGCCGCGCCUGCUCCGCCCCGAGGCUCGGGCGGGAGGUCGCGGCCAUGGCGGGGCUCUGCGACCCCAGCGCCCCCGCCGCCCGCUGGAAACGCCACAUCGUGCGGCAGCUGCGGCAGCGGGACCGCACGCAAAAGGCACUCUUCCUGGAGCUGGUGCCGGCCUAUACCCAUCUCCUAGAGAAGGCCGAGCUGCUAGCCAAGUUCUCAGAGAAGCUGCAGCCACAACCAAAUGAUGUCACCCCCAGCACCCAGCAGGGCUCCUGGGAGGUCGGCGGGGAGGAGAAGUCAAGCUCUGACUCAGACCAAGUCUCAUCACUAGCCACUCUGAGAGUAAAGUGGCAGGAAGAAGAAGAGGGGGUCCGGCUGGUCUGUGGUGAGAUGGCCUACCAGGUGGUGCAGAAGAGCGCAGCCCUGGGCACCAUGCAGUCAGAGCUGGAGGAGCGGCAGGGCAGGCUGGCGGCUCUGGAGGCCCGCGUGGCGCAGCUGCAGGAGGCGCGGGCUCAACACGCCCUGCAGGUGGAGGCUCGGCAGGCGCGGAACGCCGCGCUCCGAGCGGACUACGAGGCGCUGCGCGCGCACUCGGAACAGCAGGAGGCGGCACUGCGCAGGCUCCAGGAGGAGGUGCGCGACCUGCUGGAGAGGCUUGUGCAGGGCAAGGCGCGGGCCGCUGCCGAGCGCAACCUGCGCAACGAACGCCGGGAGCGGGCCAACCAGGCGCGGGUGUCCCAGGAACUGAAGAAGGCUGCCAAGAGGACUGUGAGCAUCAGCAAGAGCCCAGACACCCUAGGUGAUGGGAUCAGAGAGGAGACUGAGAGUCAGGCAGCUGAGCCUGAGUCCCUGGAGAGGGAAACGUGUGAAAAAUGGAAGAGGCCCUUCAGGUCUGCCUCGGCCACCUCCCUGACACUGUUCCGCUGUGUGGAUGUGGUGAAGGGGCUGCUGGACUUCAAGAAGAGGAGAGGUCACUCGGUUGGAGGUGCUCCCGAGCAGCUAUACCAAAGCAUCCCAGUGUGUGUGGCCGCCCGACUUCCAACCCAGGCUCAGGAUGUGCUGGACGCCCACCUCUCUGAGAUCAAUGCUGUUCAGUUUGGCCCCAGCAGCAGCCUCCUGGCCACUGGCGGGGAUGACCGUCGUAUCCACCUCUGGAACGUUGUGGGAGGUCGCCUGGAGGCCAACCAGACACUCGAGGGAGCUGGUGGCAGCAUCACCAGUGUGGACUUCGACCCCUCGGGUUCCCAGGUUUUGGCAGCUACUUACAACCAGGCUGCCCAGCUCUGGAAGGUGGGAGUGGCACAGUCCAAGGAGACACUAUCUGGACACAAGGACAAGGUGACAGCUGCCAGAUUCAAGCUCACAAAGCACCAGGCGGUGACUGGGAGCCGAGACCGAACAGUGAAGGAGUGGGACCUUGGCCGUGCCUACUGUUCAAGAACCAUCAAUGUCAUUUCCUAUUGUAAUGACGUGGUAUGUGGAGACCACAUCAUCAUUAGUGGUCACAAUGACCAGAAGAUCCGGUUCUGGGACAGCAGGUUACCCAGUUGCACCCAGGUCAUCCCUGUGCAGGGCCGGGUCACAUCCCUGAGCCUCAGCCGGGACCAAAUGCACCUGCUCAGCUGUUCCCGAGACGACACCCUCAAGGUGAUCGACCUGCGCGUUAGCAAUAUCCGACAGGUGUUCAGGGCUGACGGUUUCAAAUGCGGUUCUGACUGGACCAAAGCCGUGUUCAGUCCUGACGGAAGCUAUGCACUGGCCGGCUCUGGGGACGGCGCCCUCUACAUCUGGAACGCGGACACGGGGAAACUGGAGAGCAGCCUCCGGGGGCCUCACUGCGCUGCGGUGAACGCCGUGGCCUGGUGCUCCUCGGGGAGCCACGUAGUGAGCGUGGACCAGGCCAGGAAGAUGGUGCUCUGGCACUAGGGCCACGACUUCCCGCCUGAACUGGAGCUCUGGCACGAAGCCUGCGGACCUGGAGCCAUUGCCCUCUGCCCCGCAGGGCCCGAGCCAGUGGGGUGGGAAAGGAGCAGGGUUGUUGUUGUUUUUUUUCUUGUUUUUCUGGAUUUAAUGAAUGAAGGCCUGGCAGGACCUGGCCCGUUUGGUUGUAAAUCCAAAUGUAUUUCCUCACUUCUCCCCUAAGUGGGAAACCACUGGACUGUG